AGCAAACGUCUCGGCGUGAUGACGUUGACCAACGCGUCACCGUGUUUUGAGUUUCAGCGCGUUUACGACCCACCGAGGGUUGGUCGAUCCCGUGCGAGGAUGGAGACCGACGCCGGUGUCAGUUUGAUGAUCAUGUAUGAGGACGAGUCGGUGGAUGUUCGCUACGUGAACGGAUCCCAGCUGCAGCUGUCGCCGUGCGGCUGUGAAUUCCUGCUGGUGAAAGCCACAGAUCCCCGCGGGCACCCUCUGCAGCCCAGCGAGCGAGUCCGACAGCGGACGAGGUUCACCAUCAGCACAUACAAGGAGUUGAUGGUAGCUGCGUUGGCAUUUAGGAAUAAACAUGCAAGCCAACCAUAUCUGCCAGAGGAACUCAUCCCUGCUGAACACAAGAAGCCCUUUUUUAGUAUUGACUCAGCCGUGCAGUGGCCGGAGUGCUCUUCCUCUGAAGCUGAGCUCGGGCCUGGAGGCGAGACCAUCGUCAGGUCUGAGGAGGGGCGAGCCGUGCUGACGCUGUCGCCCUCAGGUGAAGAAUUCUCAGUUGAGUUCACGUGCAGCCUCAGUCAGACUCAGAAUCAGCACCACAGUGGGCAGUGUGUCAGCAGAGAUCCUGAUGGCGGGCCUGGCAGUCUGCAGCAAGUAAGCAAUCUGAUCUGUCAGACCACCAAUAAUAAGAGCAAAGAGGUUCAUCAGGGAGGAGGAAGCAGAAGGAAUGAGUCUGUUAGAUCGAGGUCUUGUUCUCCUCGGAUUAUCAGCACUUCUCAGCCCAAGCCAAGGGAGAUGUACCAGUCCACCACAGUGGUCCAGCAUCACUCCUGCUUUGCUUAUGCCCCCAUGUGGUGCUACCCUCUCUGCUUGGCUCGCCAUCACAGGACGGCUCGUCUCUCUCAACUUAAAGUUGUCGGAGCAGGGGGAACCGGCGAUUCUGCCCAGGCAGACAGGAAAAUAAAUAUGUCUGACAUAUCUGGUGAAGAGAGAAGGUCUCGCCUCCCUCAGGCGCUGCCUCUCACAUGUCCAUUGCCUCACAGGCACAGGUGGAAGAUUAAGGACCCCCUGGCCAAAAAAGAACUGUCAGAUCAAGACCUUCCAACAGAGCUGGUGAAAGUGAUGUGGUGUCAAGGAGUCACCUACAGGAUACUGAGUGGAGCUGUCUCAGUAAUAGAGGUUUCCCCAGGAGAUGGAUCGGUGAUCCGGUCUAACGGUGUCCUUAACACUUAUUUUACCCAUCACCAAACUGAGCUCCAGUCAGGGCAGGUGAAGGAGAUAUCAUACCAUUUGAAUAGCCUUCCACCGGAUGUACACAGACAGACCUACUCUGUUUGCUCUAUUGUGAGUCGUGCAAGCAGGAUCCUCACUUGCUACGACCAGGCCAAGCAAUCGCUGAAGCUCCCUGCCACACCCAGCUGCUUACAAGAGGCCAAAGGAGGCAGACAUUUUUUUCAGCCUUCAGUGCUUGAAGAAAAUCUGUCCAAUCCUGCAUUUGUUGAGCAUCACAUGACUGCCACACAGACAGUAAAAAGUCGGUCAGAUCUUGUAGCUGCAGAACUGGAGAAGAUAAAACGGUUCAACUUUCUUCUGGAGAACAGCCACCUGCAAAGAAGUGAGAAAGGAUGUGCGGAGCUGCAAGGUCAUUCUGCAGAGGAGGAGACUCUCGAACCAGUGAAUGAGAGCUGCAUUGCUGAGGCUCUUCAGAGGACAUCCAAAGCCAUACAGGACAUUGAUGCUCUCGUGUCUGCAACCAACACUGACUUAAAAGAGUGAGAGAAAAGUAGAAGAAGAAACCCCUGCGUAUGAGCUUGACUGUAAAAAUGUAAAACAGCUUUACUGUUAUGUACACAUACUCAAAUAAAGACCUAUCUUUA